AGCCAGAAAUGAGCGUGUUAAACCACCUCGAUCAAUUACUCAACGAAACACCAGCAUUAUACAACUUAAACAAUAUAAUCAUUUUAAUCUUCACUUUAAUAUUUGUAUACUUUUCGCAUCUCAUCUAUAAAUUAUUCACAUUCAACGAAAUUGUUGCGGACUUAAGUAUCACGAAAUGGAAUGACAAACACUUUGAUCUCAAGAGGUUAUAUAAUCGCCAGGAUUUGCCGCCACAUUAUCCCAACGGCUGGUUCUCUGUACUCGAGUCCAGAGAUCUGAAGCCAAACCAAAUCAAACCGAUCGACGCGUUUGGUGUGGAUCUUGUGGUCUAUAGGGAACUGACGGGUAAAGUGCAUGUAUUGGACGCCUAUUGUCCGCAUUUGGGCGCCAAUCUGGCCAUCGGUGGCCGUAUUAUUGGCGACUCAGUCCGCUGUCCGUUUCACGGCUGGACCUUCAAUAGCAAAGGUGUCUGCACUCAAGUGCCCGGAUUAGAGUGUGCAAAUUUACCAAAAGUACAAAUAAAAGUGUGGGAAUGUGUGGAAGAAAAUGGUUUUAUAUUUGUUUGGCACCACUCGGAGGGAGAGGAAGCCAAUUGGUUUCCCAUUCAGAUCCCAGAAAUAAGUCAAUCAAAACUGGUCUAUAGGGGAAGAGCCGAGCAUAUCGUCAAAUGUCAUCUCCAGGAAAUCCCAGAAAACGGGGCAGACGUCCAGCAUUUGAAUGAAUUACAUGAGGGCCCGGAGUUCUUGGGAACAGUUGUCAAUCGGUCAAAGUUUUACAACUUUGUCACCAAAUUCUUGCGCUACGACUGGAGGGCCAAUUGGCAGCCGUGUCCGGCGCCCGACCAACACAUCGCCCAUAUGGACCUGCGGUCGACUUACUCUCUCUUUGGCUAUCCAUUGAUGCCAUUCAGUUUGGAUGUCCUACAGAUAGGGCCGGCGAACGUCCAUUUGAAGCUCACCAUUCACUUCUUGGGCGAAAUGAACGGUUAUAUCAUCCAAACGAUCACACCGUUGGGUCCGCUCAAGAAUAAGAUUGUCCAUCACUUCUAUACUGAGCCCACAUUCAAGUCAUUUCUGUUCUCCAAGUUUAUGAUUUACGGAGAGGCGAGAAUGGUGGAGAGGGAUAUAGUGAUCUGGAACAAUAAGAAAUUCCUAAAACAACCAUAUUUUGCUAAACACGAGACACCAUUAGUGAAGUUUAGGCGUUGGUUCAGUCAAUUUUACACCGAUAAAUGUCCCAAACACGAGGACUGGUAG